AUGUCGACAAUCACCUGUGUAGCCAUUUUGGCUCAAGGGUCCUUGGCGCCAGUCAGACUUGCAGGCGCCCGCGCUUCCACCAUCUUCGGCGCACUCGAGUUGAGGUGCUCCACCGGCGACGCCAUGGGGAAAGGAGCCGCGGCGAAGAAGGGUGAUGCAGGCAAGCCGAAGGUCGAGCAUUCGUGGUGUCUCGAUUGGGACGCUUGCGAGUGUGAGCAGUGCGAGCAGAACACCCACCAACUCGACCGCGACAGCCCGCAGUACAACCCACACUACCUCCGACGGCACAAAUCCAGAGAGACGCCCGAAGGCUGCAAACCCUCAGGUAAGGAGUGCUCAGGCUGCUUCGGCGUGCGAAGGGUCCGUUGCAAGGAUGAAGACGGCAACAUCAAGUCGAUGGUUGAGGUGAAAAAGGAGCGGGAGAAGAAUCCAGAGUUCGAUGAGAAGUGGACGAAAUUGAGGAAGGACAAGGUCAGCGGGGCCAAGUUCGAGAACGACGCCGCCAAGCACGAGGUGACGAAGGCGGACACUGCCUACGAGGAGGACUUCGACGAGGGCACGCGGUACUCGUUGGUCGGGUACAUCAGGCUGCGCCGCCAGCAGCACGAGGUUGACAUGGAGGACCCCGUCGCUGUCGAGAACCACGUCACCAACGUGCUUCAGAAACCGGUGGUCGUCGACCAGCGUGCGGGGAAGAAAUACGUCGAGGUUUUCGACGUGGAUCCCGAUCACGAAGGGGUGAGGUUCCGUCGGGGGCGGCGGCACAGCGCUGAACUGACCAAGAAGGAGGGCUACGACAACAAGGGCGACGCAAAGGAUCGAUUCCAGGAGCUCGAGAGCAAGGUGGGCCCAGAUCGCACGGGCCUCCGGCGCCUCCGCGGCAAAGCGCCGGCGCCGAUGGCAUCUGGGGGCCCGCCCCUCGGCGGCCAUGGGGCGGCGUUUGAAGCGUCGGAUGGCGAGUCCGCGGCGCCCCCCGCGCAGGGCAAAGCUGCGUGCGACAUCCUUGCGGGGCGGGCAAGUCUGUCAAGGAGGGCCCCCUCGCCCGCGCCGUCGCUCUCUCCUGCUGCCGCGGGCGGCGGCGGUAGGGCCUCCGCCGCCGGGUCUGCGAGGGGUCUGUCGCCAGUCCAGGCGUCGGCGACUGGCCGCAAGCGCGCCAGCAGCAAGCAGGGCAUCAUCGAGGAAGCGCAGGGGCUUCUGAGCAAGACGACGGAGACCCAAAGCUGGGCGAAGCAUUGGGAGAUGCGUCAGAAGACGAGGGGCUUCGAGGGGCUGUCCACGCGGCUGGUCACCAGCGGUCGUUCCUGCGGGAGCUUCCUGGGCGAUAGCGCGGCCAAUGACGCAUCUUCAUCGCUGUUCACUUUGGAGGAGCGGCUCAGGCAUCGCCAGCAGUUCUUCGAGAAGGCUAGGACCGAUUUCCCCAGCCUGUGCAAGGGCAUCGCCGGUUCGGACACGGUGAAGCCGAUCGAGGAGGCCCCCCCGCAGCUUUUGACGAGCAUCUUGACGAUGUGUGCGCAACAGUCUUUCGUGGAGCCCAUGCGGCCAGACCUGGCCGCCGCGUUCGGCAGUUUCCUGAAGUACCGCGACGGCGGCAUCAGCGCGGACGGCCAGCUCUGCAUGUCGGCGUUGCCUGGAGCUGCAGCGAUGCACGCGCAGCGCGGCCUCGUCCUGAGUUUCAUCGAGAGGAUCUUCAAGCUCCCCGAGGUGGAUUCCAUCGCCUGCGCCACGAAGGUCUUCGAGUGCAUCGGCAUCGACUCGUUCGACCCCGUAAACAUCGACUUCAAGAAGGAGGGCGUGCUCCCGAACGGCCUGUUUCCCCAAUCGUGCAUGGACUUGGGCGCGGUGUACUUCUGCGGCAUCGCCCUCGACGCCGCGAAGAAGGGCGGCGAGCUUCGGGGCGAGGCCGCGGUCAAGGUCUACCAGAUCGUCAGCGCGGCGGGAUCCCUGAGCGCGCGUGUGAAGACGCACUUCCGGCACCUGCGUGGGCUGGCCCUCCAGCACGGGCACGCCGCGGGGGACAUCAUGCGCAAGGCCCACGGCGAGCACAAGUCGCGGUUGGACAUGCUCCAGACUGCCGAGGUGUCCGUCGCCAAAGCCGCCGCCAUUGCCUUGCAGACUGCGCUGGAGGGCCCGGAGCCAUUCAAGAACGCCUUCGACACCGUGGCAACUUUGUUGAACGAGGAGAAGACGGAGAGGGACUUGACCAUGUUCGGCUCCGUAUUCUGCACUCCUGGCGUUGCAGAGGGUCGCGGGCACGGUGACGUGAACCCUUUCGAGCUCGCCCGCCAGCUCGGCACCGUGCCCACGAAGGCGGUCGAGAUGGCACUGAAGAGCUCCGGGUACAACGUGGACGCCGCGAAGAGGAUCUGCGCCGGGACGGAGUCCAACUCUGAGGGCGCGCCCCUGGACGAGGACUCGGACGAGUUGAACGCGUUUGAGUGGCAGUGCCGGGUGCUCGAGGUUGUGAAGCAGUACGAGGUGGGAAAUCAGUCGAAGGCGCUGUCGAACGAGGCCGCUGCCCACCUGGAGACGCAGCGCAUGGCGUGCGAACUGGCCAUUGCCAACCGCAAGGGGGAGAAGGAUCGCCUCCAGAUGGUCCAGGGCUGGGCGAGCGUCUGGAAGCUUCGAGAGCGCAUCGCCCGCACGGGCUCCUGUCUGGCCCCCAUCCGACACGGGAUGCGACGUCCAAGUGUUCGUGCACAAGGCUGCCGCCUCGACGGCAAUCGGGGACGCCAUCGUCCGAUGGGUUCUCGACUUGGUCGUUUCGCAACUUUCUGGCGUCACGGACGCAGUGGCUUCGGCAGCUAUCCAUGA